AUGUCAAAACUUUCGUUCGACAAAGCUAAAGAAGCCGCAGAGGCUCUCAUCGACUACGUCCAACGUAUUUCUAAAGAUGACGAUGAUAACACUGCCUCUAGUGUUUCUAAAAAAUCCUUACUUCUUGAGGACUAUGCCGACGAAGAUCAUACUAUACCACUAUUACCCUUUGAUCUUGUCGUAGCCACAAAGAAAAUUAUCACGGAUCAUAAGUCCAUGGACCCUAUUUUAGUAGAGCUUCCUAAUCAGUUCUUUGGCAAAGCUGCUUCUGAUGCCCUUGAGCCAUCAGUCUGCCUCAUUGUACGUGAUAUUAAAGGCAUGUCUGCCGAAGCUGCUCAAGUCUUUUAUGAUGAACAUCUUGUCGAAGCCACAAAGACUCCUGAAGAUGCUCUCGAAGCUCUUAAAGCUGAGUCUCCAGAAUCUACUUCUGCUACUACUGCUCCUAAAAAGAAAUCUAAGAAAUCUGCUGCUGCUGCUGCUGCCUCCUCCUCCUCAAGCAUACCCUCUCUUGAAGACCUUUCUAAAAUUAAAAUUGACCGCGUCGUUACCUUCUCUCAGCUCCGUAACGAGUAUAAACCAUUCCAAGCUCGUCGCAAACUCAUCUCUGAGCAUGACCUUUUUUUCCUUGAUGCCGCAUUGGCCCGUGCUGAUGACGGUCUCUUGAUGCCCCGUGUCAUGGGAAAGUCUUUUUACGCUCAAUCUAAAACUGUCCCUCAACCCGUGGCCCUUACCUCAACCUCUGACGAAAAUGUAACCAAGGCCGAGAAGGUUGUUCAACUCGCUAUUCGUAACAAGAAUUCGGCUUCAUCAAACAAAAAGAACCCUACAACUUUCCUCACUAACAGUAAGACCUCUCUUAAAGACCUCGCAGAGCUCGUCGAUGCAGAUAACAUUGCCUCUACAUUUUCUCUCACAAAAACUCUUACUGGAAUGUAUAAGCGAAUCCAUGGUACACAUUACAUGGUUUCUCCCUCAAACCAAAUUAUUGUCCGUAUCGGUUCCACCGCGCUGACUUCAGAUGAAGUUGCUUCCAACAUCGAGGCUGCUGUUGCCACAAUUCUUGAAACUCCAACUGGUGCUCAGACCCCAGAGUAUCUCAAGGGCGGCUGGCCAAUCGUACGUGGAGUUUUCCUUAAAACUUCUACAGGUCCCUCGCUGCCUAUUUUUGUUGCUGAAACACUUUAUGAAGAUGCUUCACAAGACGUGAUUGCAGAUGCUUCUGAGGCCGUGGCCACACAAGAAACACAAAAAGAUUCUGCCGUUGUUGCCAAGCAGCGCCGCAUUGCUGCCAACAAACUUUCCGAUAAGCGUAUUAACCAACUGCUGCUCGAUGAAAUUGUAGAUGAUGAAAGUGCUCUUAAGACUGCUGCUGCUGCUGCUCCUGCUGAUAAAAAGCAAAAGAAAAUUAAUAAGGAAACUACCCCUGAGGAUGAACAACAGGAUGACGAAGAACCAGAAAAGAAAAAGGAACCUGCAACUCCUACCACAAAGAAGAGACGUGAGCGUGAAGGUGCGCCAUCGCCAGCUUCAGUCAAAAAGGAGGUGGUAGAAAAACCAGUAAUUGUUGUUGAGGAUAAAAAGAAGGCUUCUGUUAAGAAGACACCAGUCAAGAAGUCUGUCAAGAAGGAAGAAGUUGAGGAAGAAGAAAGUACACCUGCCACCAAAAAACAAAAAACUUCUUCAGGGUCACUGAAAAAGAAUGGAAAGGCUACUGCUACUGCUGCUGCCCCAAGCUCUGCUUCCAAGAAGAAGAGCGUUUCUUUUGGCAAGUCCAAAUGA